AUGCCACUGGCUAGGGGCAGUACAUGUCAAAGAUAUGGCAAGAACUCAAGUCUUGCUGUACAUAGUACAGAGUAUGCAGCAGCAACAGUAAAUGAGUUGCAUGUUUUGACUUGCUAUAUGGGGUUCAAGCUUUCUCUCAUAAAGGCAGAAUUGAAGGACAAACUAGCUAGCAUAUAUGAUGUGAAAGAUCCAAAUUCUAUCUUUGUCUUCAAGUUCCGUACUCACUUUGGAGGAGGUAAAUCUAUUGAAUUCGGUUUGAUUUAUGAUUCUGUUGAUAACGCAAAGAAGUUUGAACUAAAGUACAGCCUGAUAAGGAAUGGAUUGGCUACCAAGAUUGAGAAGUCCAGAAAACAAAUGAAAGAAAGGAAGAACAUAGCUAAGAAGAUCAGUGGUGUUAAGAAGACCAAGGCUGCUGAAGCUGGAAAGAAGAAAUGA